AUGUUCAACCAGACUCCUCCACUUCGCUCCGCUAACAUCGCCGUCUUCAGGCGUGGGCUUCCGCUACUUUACAAGAAAGAAAGCCCAUCAGUAUGGCGUAACCGGGUGGUGCCGCAACACCGCAGACGAUACGGUAGGACGCUGUCCCUUGUCAAAGACUCAUCCAUAGCUCAUGCUCCUACGCAGGUCGAGGGUGAAGCUCAGGGAGAUGACGACGUCAUGCAAAAGUUCUUCAAGGACAUUGGCCAAGGCCCGAGCCAUUCCAAGGUCGAAAAGGUUGUCACAGAAGACCGUGAUGUGGUGGAAGGAGAUGAUACCUUUGAGGUCCGGCGAUAA